UGCGAUGGAAAUAAACCUUUUUUAGAAAUGUUUUCUUGAUCGUCAUGUUCCGCAGAAGCUGCCAAGGGUUAAAACGCGAUCGGAGGCACAGAGCAGAGAGCAGCAGUUCAGCGAGUGUGUGUGUGUAUAUAUAGGCUGGAACGGAAGCGGGGAGUCAGACCGAUCCAUCUCUCUCAAGUGUACGUCUUGAGGAAUCGUAGCUUGGAUAGUUAUUGUCUUUUUUCUCUCUAAUUUUCUUCUCAUUGUUAUUCUUCUUCUUUUGCUUCUUCGUCUUCUUUAUCUAAGGGAUCAGUGUAGUCCAGUACUUUAACUGAGAGAGACGUCUACUAUUUGAAUCAUAGCUUGGCUAGUUGUUGUUUUUUUCUACUUUUUCUUCUCAUUCUUGUUAUUCUUUUAUUCUUCUUCUUUUGCUUCUUCGGCUUCUUCUUUAAUUCAGGGAUCAGUGUAGUCCAUUACUCUAAUUGAUAAAGACAUUUCCUCAGCUCCUUGACGACUGUGUCCAUUUCAGACUCGAUUCUCCAUCAUGAAGGCGUGCGUAACUCUCGUCCUGGUGGCUCUUCUGGUGACGACCAUGUUGGAGGAAACGGUUGGUCGUCGACGUGGUGGAGAUUCCAAUCGUCGUGGAAGAGGAUUCGGUGGUCGUGGAAGAGGUCGGGGUGGACGUGGCUCGUGCCUUGGUAAACUGUGUGAGGCAGCCGAUGAUGCUAAUACCUGCAGGGAUUGCGCCAAAGGUGUGAGUGACUUUAAACAGGAGAUGCGCACCUGUACCAGUGACCUGUCAGGUAAGUGUUUUUCAUUAAGACUUUCCAUCGUGUGCAUGAGUGACUUAUACACCUCACGAGCGUCGAUAGCUUCGAGAAUGAGGAAUCUCACAUUUUCGUAUGAUUCGCCUUAA